AUGGGUCGUCUGUUCUUCGGUCGGGUUACGGCCAUAUACUUCUGUCUCCUUCUGGUCUCGACGACAGUACACUCUUUCUAUCUUCCCGGAGUAGCUCCUCGAGAUUUUCAAAGAGGGGAUGAGCUUCAAAUCAAAGUGAACAAGCUGUCAUCUACUAAGACACAACUGCCAUAUGAUUUCUAUUACUUGAAAUAUUGCAAGCCGAAAAAAAUCAUGAAUGUUGCUGAGAACUUGGGGGAGGUCCUUCGAGGUGACCGGAUAGAAAACUCAAUUUACGCUUUUAACAUGAGGGAGGAACAGCCCUGUAAAGUGGCUUGUAAAGUUAAGCUUGAUGCUGAUGCUGCUCAGAACUUUAAGGAAAAAAUUGAUGAUGAAUACAGAGUCAAUAUGAUUUUAGAUAACCUUCCAGUAGCUGUUCGUAGACAGAGGCGAGAUGGAAGUCCAUCAACAACUUAUGAACAUGGUUUCUAUGUUGGGUUCAAGGGGAAUUAUGCUGGGAGCAAAGAGGAGAAGUAUUUUAUUAAUAAUCACUUAAGCUUCAGAGUCAUGUACCACAGAGAUCUUGAAACUGAUUCUGCUCGAAUUGUUGGGUUUGAGGUUACUUCAAACAGUAUUAAACAUGAGUACAAGGAGUGGGAUGAGAAGAAUCCUCAGCUCUCAACAUGCAAUCAGGACACCAAAAAUAUAAUUCCGGGGAGCACUGUUCCACAAGAAGUUGAUACAGACAAGGAGGUUGUGUUCACUUAUGAUGUUUCUUUCAUGGAAAGUGAUAUAAAGUGGGCAUCCCGCUGGGAUACCUACCUUCUCCUGAAUGAUGAUCAGAUCCACUGGUUUUCUAUCAUCAAUUCUCUGAUGAUCGUCCUCUUCCUUUCUGGUAUGGUUGCCAUGAUCAUGAUGAGAACUCUGUACAGAGAUAUUGCAAACUAUAAUCAGUUGGAAACCCAAGAUGAUGCUCAGGAAGAAACAGGAUGGAAACUUGUUCAUGGUGAUGUUUUUAGAGCACCUACAAAUUCUGGAUUGCUGUGUGUUUACGUGGGGACGGGGGUUCAAAUCCUCGGAAUGACACUUGUGACAAUGAUGUUUGCACUGUUGGGUUUCCUCUCACCUUCCAACCGUGGUGGGCUUAUGACUGCCAUGGUUCUUUUAUGGGUUUUCAUGGGCUUGAUUGCUGGUUACUCAUCAGCUCGUCUAUACAAAAUGUUCAAGGGCACCGAGUGGAAGAGGAAUACCUUAAAAACUGCUUUCAUGUUUCCUGGUAUUCUGUUUGCUGUUUUCUUUGUUCUGAAUGCUCUUAUCUGGGGAGAAAAAUCAUCUGGAGCUGUACCCUUUGGAACUAUGUUUGCUCUUGUGUGCUUAUGGUUUGGAAUAUCAGUUCCGUUGGUUUUUGUCGGUAGUUAUUUGGGUUUCAAAAAACCAGCCAUUGAAGAUCCAGUGAAGACAAACAAGAUCCCAAGGCAGAUACCCGAACAGGCAUGGUACAUGAAACCUAUGUUCUCUAUUCUUAUUGGAGGCAUCCUUCCAUUUGGGGCUGUUUUCAUUGAGUUAUUCUUCAUAUUGACUUCCAUCUGGCUGAACCAGUUCUAUUACAUCUUCGGUUUCCUCUUCAUUGUCUUUGUGAUUUUAAUAAUCACAUGUGCAGAGAUAACAAUUGUUCUCUGCUACUUCCAGUUGUGCAGUGAAGAUUAUCAUUGGUGGUGGAGGGCUUACCUGACUGCUGGUUCCUCGGCUUUAUACCUUUUCCUGUACUCUAUUUUUUACUUCUUCACUAAGUUGGAAAUUACCAAGCUCGUUUCUGGCAUUUUAUACUUCGGAUAUAUGCUAAUUGCUUCAUAUGCCUUUUUUGUGUUGACGGGAACCAUUGGCUUCUGUGCUUGCUUCUGGAUGGUUAUGGAAGAGCAAUUAGAUCAGUUAUCUCCCUAUAGGAAGGAUAAGAGCUUGAAACUACGAAGGUGGAUUUUGAUGGAAGAAGGCAGACUUUGUAGACAGGAGCUAGCGUUAACUGUCUAG